GGCCGAUUUCGUGGAUAAGUUGCAGGUGAGAAAGUAUGGUUUCACGUUUUCCAAUAUAUCCUAUGCCGAUGUCGCGAGAGAUGGCGCGCAGCGUCUCUGCUUUGAGGGAAUCCCAGGGAAAUUUGGCAGACUUGGACAUCGUGGUUGCAGACAACGGACGACAACCUAAACAAGGUUUUGGUGUCAAAUAAUCGGUCAAAUAUCUUACGUCAUGUUUGUUUGAGCCGGAACCCAUGACUAAAACUGGUACGAGGUAGUUUUCUUACCUGACCUUUUGUUACCGUCUCCUGUCAUCGCCCUGAGUGCGUCGUGCACGUAUUCUGUGUAUUCUGGCCAACGACGACGGUCCAGGAGCUUUUUGUCGAGGUGCAUCAGAGACAGAAUAGCUAAUGACUGCCCGCGACGUUGUGAACCGGUCCUUCGUCACCCUAUGGAGCUCCUUCAAGGCAGCCGUGGGCCGCCUCGACAAAUCUCUGUCGCCCAAAGACACCUUUACCCGUCUCCAAAAGCACGAAUUCACGUUCACCGACAGCAUCUAUGUCGUCCAUGUGAUCCUUGCUGCGUUUUGGUUAUUGUUCAUUCCUAGCCUCAUUCUCAAGUUUCUCAUACCCAUUGCCUUUGCUAUCAUGCUUUUGAUACCCCUCACCUGCCAAUUUUUCCUUCCCGCCAUACCAAUAUUCACCUGGAUCCUUACCUUUUUUGCGUCAACGUUUAUUCCAAACGAGUGGAGGCCCAGCAUUUCCGUUGUUCUUCUGCCCACUCUUGAGUCAGUUUUGUUCGGGGCGAAUAUUUCCGAUAUUCUGACACGAUUUACUCAUCCCGUGCUUGACAUCAUCGCCUGGAUUCCGUACGGUGUCGGACACUUUUCCAUUCCCUUCUUCGUUGCUGCAUUCCUAUGGCUUUUUAGAGCCAAGGAGGCCCUCCAUUUCUGGUCAAGCGCGUUCGGGUACAUGAUGCUUGUCGGGGUCCUCAUCCAGAUCAUCUUCCCUUGUGCCGCGCCUUGGUAUGAGCUGAUCUACGGCCUGACCCCAGCCAACUAUGGUAUGAAGGGAUCCCCGGGUGGGCUCAUCCGUAUAGACCAUAUGUUCCAUGGCAGCGGGUACACAAUAUCCUUCUCCAAUGCGCCUGUCAUCUUCGGCGCCUUUCCCUCUCUCCACGCCGGGGGCGCAACGAUGGAAGCGUUGGUCGUUUCUCAUUUCUUUCCCCAAACUACUCGUUUCGCCUGGGUCUAUGCCGGCGUGCUGUAUUGGGCUACCAUGUAUCUGACGCAUCACUAUCUCAUUGAUGUCGUAGUCGGCGCCUGCCUCGCCACCGUCACCUUCUACCUCUUUCUCCCUGACAAUCUCAAAGGUUCAGGAGCGAUCGCUGGCCCAGGAGAACUCACAACUUAUGGACAGAGGUCCAAAUACGAUAUAUAUGAUCUCGAGGCACCGCGGAGAACGGCAGCAGGGGAUGUCAUGGCAGACGCAGCGGCAGAUUUUGAUCUCAGUGAGAGCUCACAUGCUUCGGACGAUGAGGAGAUGGACAUCACGUAUCGAUCGCCGCUCCCCGGGGCUACACCCACGAGUGGAGCUCCUUUUAUUAUAAAUUACGGCGCUGGGACGAUCGAGGUGGGCCGAAAGAAGGGCCAUCGGCAUACAGCUAGUAUUGCUAGUCUUAUAAGAGGCAACGAGAGAGGUGGGGAGGAUGGCUGGAGUUCAAUAGGUGGCAAUGGCUUUGUGAUCCCACCUAUACCAACGCGCGGGGCGAGGGACUAGAUUUCUGUGUUCUAUAUAUCUCGUACGGAACUUU